AUGAUCUUCUCCCCAAUCGGUCGCGUGUUGCCGUUUUUGGCACUUUUGGUGUCCGCAUGGUGUCUCCACAGUGGGGUCUGGAAUACCACUCAAGUUUUGGUGGUCUUAGACCCCAAACUUACUGAGAACCAGGAGGAAGCCGUUUCUGUUUUCAAACUCAACGAAGACUACAACGUCACAACCAUUGAGUACUCAGAUAGCGAAGCUGAGCUUUUCUUGGGUGAAGACGCCCUUUACCACCACGUUGUGUUUUUGCCGUCGUCGAAAAGAGCAGCUGCGGCGAAAAAUAUCGUCAACAAGCACAAAUUGCUUGAUUUCUUCAACAAGGGCGGUAACAUCGUGGCUGUAAGUCUGGCUACGCACACUGUUCCAGAAGAAGUGCGUUUAUUUUUGGCGCAGGCCGGAAUUUUCCCUGCGCCAAAGGGCUAUGCCGUGGCGAGCCAUUUUGCGCCUGUGGAGGUGGAUUCCGGAAGAGUCGCCAACUCGGUGGUUCUCCCUCUGCUCGACCCACAAACUUACAAGGGCACCGCUGCGCUUGUUUCUAACAGUCCUCUCGUGUUCCCAUUGGUCAAAGCACCUCAAUUGUCUUUCUGUGCAAGUCCCAAGGACGAAUUUUUGACUGAAGAAAAAACAUGGACCGUGGGCGAACAAGGAUUCUUGGCCGCAGCAUUCCAAGGCUUGAACAAUGGCCGUGGAGCAUGGUUUGGCUCAGAAAGUUUGCUUACUCGCGAUGCUCUUCUGUGGGUUUUCCACGAGCGUGGAGUUUUGAAAUUACAGUUUGUUGAACACUACCGCGUGCUGGAACCAGGACUUUCGAACCGCACGUUGUACAAAGUUAAAGACGAAGUAUACUAUACUGUCGGUGUAUCCGAAUAUGUUGGGGGUGAGUGGGUUCCAUAUGUUCCAAAUGACGAUGAUGCUUUGCAGUUGUCUUUCAAGAUGUUGGACCCAUACCAGAGAUUAAACAUGACCCUUUUAGGACCAGGAAGUUCGACGCCCGAUGGACCUGAGGACAUGAGCAUCUUCUACGUGCAAUUCACCAUCCCAGACCACCACGGCAUGUUUACUUUCGAGUUGGACUACAAGAGACCAGGCUUGUCUUUCCUCAAUGACAAAAGAAUUGUUGCAGUGAGACACUUGGCCAACGACGAGUACAAGAGAUCGUGGGAGAUCACUAACGCAUGGAUGUAUGUGGCUAGUGCCAGCUUCGUUGUCAUUGCCUGGCUUGUAUUUGUCACUAUCUUUUUGUUUAUUGGUGAUGAGAAGAAAGUUGAGAGAAAAGAAUUAGAGAAGGAGACCAAGGAGGAGGAAAAACCAUCUAGCAAGGCCAACUAG